AUGUUCCAGGACAUCCGAGCCCAGCAAGAGGCUCAGGGCCUGGACCCAUGGGCGCCAUUUACCGAUGAGAAGGAGUGGGGGUUAGUGAAAUGGUUGGUCUCACGUGUUGGCCACACUGCAAUAGAUGAAUUUCUGAAACUCCCAAUUACUAGCCAUAUGAAGACCUCAUUCACAAGCAAAUAUUCGCUGCUGAAAGCCAUCGACAAACUUCCUCGUGCGACCAAAUGGGAACUGAAGAAGAUCAACGUGGUGGGCAAUAGAACUGCCAAUGAUGGGCAGCGUGAGAUGGAGGACCUUGAGUUGUGGUUGCACAACCCAGUAGACUGCAUUCGCAAGUUGAUGAGCAAUCCAGAGUUUGAUCAAGGGGUGUCAUACGUACCAGAAAGGGUCUUUGCAGAUAAGGAGGGAAAGACGCAGGUGUUUGAUGAGAUGUGGAUGGGAGAUUGGUGGUGGGAAAUGCAGCAUAGAUUACCCAAAGGGGCGGUUGUUGCACCAGUGAUCCUGGCCUCGGAUAAAACCUCCCUAUCGCAAUUCUGUGGGGAUCAGGAAGUAUGGCCCGUCUACUUGACACUUGGCAAUAUCUCUAAAGACAUUCGACAUCAGCCGUCAAAGCGCGCAGCCAUCCUAAUCGCCUACUUACCGAUAUCCAAGCUGGAUGCGGGUGAGAAGGGAGUUGAAGUUACUUGCCCAGAUCAUCAAGUACAGCGCCUGUAUCCAAUUGUGGCAGCAUACAUUGCCGACUUUCCAGAGCAAUGUCUCGUUGCCUGCUGUAUGGAAAACAGGUGUCCAAAAUGCACUGUCGGACGUGACAACCAUGGAGAUAUGAGAGAGUCAGCACCACGGAGACGAGACACGACAAUGGCAAACUUACGGCUUCACUCUGAGGGUGAAAUGAGCAGUGAUCAGUUCGAGAGUAAGCUGGGUCUGCGGGCAAUUUACUCACCUUUUUGGGCUGCUCUCUCCCACAAUGAUAUCUUUCUCUGCAUGACCCCUGACAUCCUGCACCAACUCCACAAGGGUGUAUUCAAGGACCAUCUCGUUAGCUGGUGCUUGAAAAUUAUCGGCAAGGAUGAACUCAACACACGUUUCAAGGCAAUGAGUUCCUACGCCGGAUUACGGCACUUCAAAAAAGGUAUCUCGAAAUGCAAGCAAUGGACGGGAGCCGACUACAGGGAAUUGGAGCGCGUUUUCCUUUGUGUUAUUGCCGGUGCUGUUGACAACAGAGUACUUGCGUCAGUACGUGGAGUGUUGGACUUUAUUUACUACGCACAGUACCAGUCCCAUACUGAAGAAAGCCUGUCUCGCAUGCAAGCCGCACUGGAGUUGUUCCACGCCAACAAGAAUGUCUUUGUUGAACAUGGGGUGCGGGAGCACUUCAAUAUACCGAAAAUCCACUCGAUGGUACACUGUGUCGAUUCAAUCUGUUUGUUUGGGAGUGCCAACGGUUUUAACACGGAGCUUCCUGAACGCCUCCACAUAGAUUUCGCCAAGUGUGCGUAUUGUGCUUCCAAUCGCUGUGAUUAUGUUAUUCAAAUGACUACAUGGCUAUGCCGUCAAGAAUCUAUCUACCUUCAAGAUGCUUAUCUGCGUUGGCGGGCCUCACAACAUCCCACUAACAACAAUUCUCACUCACAGGACUUGGAUUCCAGUAUCAACUCUGGCUCUGAUGACGAGACACCUUCACCAGCUGACCACCACCAGCUACGAGUGGCAGACCUACCUCAGCAGAUACAUCAUUUCACGAUGUUCACAGCAUCUCGCAGAUAUUUUGUCCCUAGGACAUGCCCAUUCCCAAACUCAAUGUUUCAGCAGUUAGUUGAUAACCACAACACUUCCCUCAUCAUUCCUGCUCUUGAACAGUUUCUCCACCACAAUCUGCGAACUCAGCCCUGCCGAAAACUGACACUGCAAGACCGUGUUGAUGUGUAUAAGUAUGUGAAGGUGGUCUCACCCGCACGACCACAUUUCAACAGCGCCAAAUGCAUGUUCAAGGUCCGGGCAUCACCAGAGAUUGCACCAAAGGACACCAGGAAAUUACUGGCUCCUGCGCGCUAUGAUACGGUCCUUGUGAUUGAAAAUUGGGAGGAGUACACUGGUGAGGGUAUCUCGGGGCUUUGUGUCGGCGAAGUAAAGCACGUGUUCAACCUGCCACCACAUCUGGGUCAUUUUGCAUGCCUGCUGGUGUAUAUUCACUGGUUCCACCCGCUUCAGACUUUCAACGAAAAUCUACAGAGUUUUCGACUCACCAAGUCUUUGUGGCAACAUCGACCCAAUGCAGCAGUUGUACCAGUUGACCGAGUGCUUCGGCCAGUUCACCUCACGCCCUGGAUCAGUCGAGAGGCGGCAGAAGAGUUUUACCUCAACAGAUAUAUUGAUUUAGAAUUAUUUGAGCACCUCUUGUAG